AUGUUCUUAGCUAAUCUUGUCGGACAACAAAUUAUAGAUCAUAAUAAUCACGUAUAUGUCGCUGCAUAUACAACUCAAUGGUACGCAACUCCUUUAUCUAUACAAAAGCUAAUAUUGUUUCUGCUGCAAAGAGGUAAUAAGAGUUUUGGUCUUCGUAUCGGUGGAUUGUUCAUAGCAUCUUUAGAAUGUUUUGCCACGCUAGCAAAUGCAGCCGUAUCUUAUUUUACUGUUAUGUAUUCAACGCGAUCAUAA